AUGCCAAUCGUCACGUCAAGAGGCAAGGAGGUGGACGUCCCUCCAAGGCCCAGUAUGAGGCUUUUCUUUACCACGCUGAAAUCUAUGACGAUGAUGCUUCAAGUGAUGAAGAUGAAUUAA